GCAUAGACAAUUUCGAACAUCAAAAUGUGACGUGCAUUUUUUUUUCUCCAUUAUAUUUUGACCCUCUUGUUUUUUUUUAUUUUGACCCUUCAGACAACAUAGUUUUAAAAUGAGCGCAGGCAUUUCUCGUAGUCGUUUAAUGGAAGAAAGAAAGCAGUGGAGAAAAGACCAUCCCCAUGGUUUUUGGGCACGACCUGGAAAGAAUGCGGAUAAUUCACUCGAUUUAAUGAACUGGACUUGUGGUAUUCCUGGAAAAGACGAUACUCCUUGGGAAAAGGCCACUUAUAAGCUUGUGAUGAUCUUUCCAGAAGAUUAUCCUUCCAAACCACCCAAAUGUAAAUUCACGCCACCAUUAUUUCAUCCCAACGUAUAUCCCUCUGGUACUGUUUGUUUAUCAAUUUUAAAUGAAGAUGAGGGAUGGAAACCAGCAAUUACAGUUAAACAGAUUCUUCUUGGUGUUCAAGAUUUAUUAAACGAUCCCAACCCUGAAAGUCCAGCUCAACAGGAUGCCUACAUGCUUUUCCGUAAGGACAAGAAGGAAUACGAGAGAAGAGUACGCGAACAAGCUGCUGCCAAUAGAACAUAAGGAGGGCAAAGCCCUUUUUUUACGUAAUUCUAAAUCAGCAGCCAAUAACAUGGAUUGCCCUUUUUUUUUUUUUUGAGCACAAA